GCCAUCUCCAACAUCAACCCAACAUCCCGUCCACGAACCUGUUAGUUUACCAGUCGCCGGUAGACUACCACACAUUUUGUACAUCGGCUAUGGCUUAAGAGUGGCCAAAUAAUAUCCUGACAUUGGCUGCAAUCUCCCCGUCGGCACGAUGUCGGUGAUGCAAGUGGAAGACCUUGUAUCAUACCAACUUCGAACUAGUUAUCUCAAUGAUAUCGCCGAUGGUGUAGGUGAGCGUUUGCUCACCGUCAACGAAGCCUACAUCAACUCUGCGCCCUUCAAAGCCGCCGGUUGGCGCCCCAACUCUUCGCAUACGAAACGCACACAUUCACCACCGAUCCCGACUGCUAUUGCAUCCGAAUACUUCCAGGCACCAAAGCAGCUUGGAUUCUCCUUGGAGGAUGGGGAAGAAGAUGGUGGAAUGCUCACUGGCGGUGGUGCUGAUACCAUGGGGCCCGGCACAGCCGUUAAGAGACGCCGACGCCGGGAGCAAAUGGAGGAAGACGACAGCAGCGACCUUAGCGAUGACAGCGACGAAGAGCCGGAUAAGAGGGCAGCUCGACAAAUAAAAUUUUCCAAGAUGCCCCUUCGAAAUCGAGCAGGCUCGUCGCCUACCCGUGUAUCCAACAGCAAGCAGCAAGAACCAGUCAACACAUCCCCACGAGCUAUGCGGCGUGGUUCACAUUCAACACUUGGAGUAGUGCCUGAACGCACAAGACGGGAUACUGUCACUAGCAGUGAAAUGUCAUCCGAAAACGAAUUUGAUCUGCCAGGUGCUCAUAGGCAUCGCGAAGCAGCUCGAGCUGCAGCCAGGUCUUUGCGGUUGCAAGAAAAGAUUAAUGAAGAACCAACGCCGGGUAUGCUCAAGAGAGCAGAUACAACACUACUUCCGGAAGAAGAGGAAGAAGACUCUGAUGAGGGCUCAUUCAUGUCGGGCGAUUUUGUUGCGUCGAUCGACUCGGCCUCCAUUCUCGAUGGCGUCAACGACGAACGCAAGGCACUCUCACCAACCAGACAAGUCAUCGGAACUUUACCAAAGAACUACCUCCGUCAUUCUACAAUACGGAAAUCACAACUGCCAGCCGAACCUGCAGCUUUAGAAGCGCUGCCACCGCCUCGACCAGUUAGCACGCUUCGCCCACUCAGCUUAAUUAAGCCUCAAAGUCUGCUCUCUGCAGCUUUAAAGGCUAAACAGAGCAAAGCAGCAGUACCCUUCCAGCGAUUUGCUCAUUACAGUGGCCAGGGUACUCCUGGUUCUAUAAAUUUACGCAUAUAUCCAGCAUUUGCGUCCAACUCGACAAAACCGUACGAGGUUCUCAUCCGACCACGAGUGAGCGAUGGCCAAGGUGCUGAGCGCCAGGUUACCGUUGCCGACUUGAUUGGCCUAGGACUGUAUCGUUACAUUGAAGAAAAGCGGGAGCCGUCAAUACCGUCGUCAAAGUUGAACAUUAACUGGUGGACACUUCGAAUGGUAGAGGAAGGGGGUGAAGUCGAUGACGACUUCCCACCAUUUGAGCGUACUAAACCUCUGACCUCGUUUACAACCGUAAACAAUGCCAGUAUGAGAGGUGGUGGACGCAUGCGAUCCAAUUCGAAAGCCUACGAUGAUUUUGCUCUUGUCCCGGCCUCCGAGGAGGAACAUGAAGUCAACCAAGGACUCACGCCACAAGAUGACGAAGAAAACGAUGAGGCUUCAUCUGAAGCUGACUCUGAAGACAAGGGCGCUAUACCUCAGCCCGUGAUAACUGGACCAGUAGAACCGGCCAGGCCACGUCUGAACCCGAUUGUCACCACUACAUAUAGAUCCGCAGCGUUGGCAGAUAUGCCACAGUUACCAGCUGCUGCACCAAACACUGCACGUGGAUCUCAGAAGCUCCUUAGAGUGCAUAUAAUGUCGUCGGAUCUAGCGCCAGGACAAAUGGUUACCGUCGAUGUUACUACCGACACAUACCUUGCCGAAGUCUUGGAUCUUGUUUGUCGUAAGAGACAGCUUGAAAAGGCUAAUCAUGUCCUAAAAUUACCUGGAUCAGGUGCCGUGGUUAUGAUUGAUCGCCCUGUUUCGUCUAUCGGCAACGUUUCCGAUCUCGAACUCUAUCGACGACGAUUUGCGACGGAUGGUCCGCUGUCAAUGGCCGGAUCACCUGGAACGGGUUCGCCUAGAGUAGUAGCCCUACCUGGAAGUCAUGGGGCACGCAAGUUCCAAAAAGUUCCGAGCACGACAGUGCAUCCAUUGGCGACAGAGACGUUGACCCACGACGUAUUAGGCAGUGGCGUUCACAAGAAGUAUACAGUGUGGAGAAAGCAGCCGAUGCGCUUGGUAGGAAUGAGUGAACGUAUCCUCGCGAUUGACGGCGAAUACAUUCAUAUUGUUCCUGCAUCAGGAGGCAAAGUGAUUCCAGAUGGGUCUGGCAAGAGAACUACAGUGCACUUCAGCCAUGUGGUUGGCUGCAAAGUUUCAAGGAAGCAUCCCACCAAUAUCAAGCUCGUUGUUUAUAAAGCGUCCGAGACAAAACGAUAUGAUUUGGAAGCAAAGAGCGCAGAUGAGGCGGCGGAGAUUGUGGAUGAACUGAAGAAGGGCAUUUCACCAUACCGAGAAAUAUAGGAAAGGGAUGGGUUUACUCUUAGCUUAGCGAGGAGGGGCUUUAUGAUUUUCAAUGAUUACAAGUGAACAAUAAUGUACAAAUAUAUGGUAUCCACUCCCUGUUGAUGUAUUUGCCGUUUGAUAUGGUGUGGUAUAAUCGGAAUGACUUUGAGAUAGCUUGCAAACAAAAGAGGCUACGAUGACUGU